UAAAUACAUCGCCACAUGUAAUACUCAACUUAUUGUCGAUACAUCCCAUAAAUCUCUCUCUUACACGUUACACCAUGCGCGCUCUUCAAUCUCCACCUCUCCGAGUGUCCCCACUGGACCCACUUCGCAAACCCACCUCCGGCGCCGCCACCGUCACAGAUGUCCGUCCACCCCACAAGAAAACCUUCAUCUCCGCCGCAACAACCACCACUUCCGCCCCGAAAAGAGAGACAGAUCCGAGCAAGAGAGUGGUGAUCUCAGGAAUGGGAUUGGUGUCUGUGUUUGGGAAUGAUGUUGAUACUUAUUAUGACAAGCUGCUUGCUGGGGAAUCUGGGAUUGGUUUGAUUGAUAGAUUUGAUGCUUCUAAGUUCCCCACAAGAUUUGGUGGUCAGAUUCGUGGGUUUUCGUCAGAAGGGUAUAUUGAUGGCAAGAAUGAUAGGAGGCUUGAUGAUUGUCUGCGGUAUUGCAUUGUUGCUGGUAAAAAGGCUCUUGAGAAUGCAGGUCUUGGUGGUGAUAAGCGCCUCAAGGUUGACAAGGAGCGAGCUGGUGUACUAGUUGGAACAGGGAUGGGUGGUCUUACCGUAUUUUCUGACGGGGUUCAGGCUCUAAUAGAAAGAGGUCACAGAAAAAUGACCCCUUUUUUAAUUCCGUAUGCGAUAACAAACAUGGGGUCUGCAUUGCUUGCAAUUGAUCUUGGCUUCAUGGGACCAAAUUAUUCGAUUUCUACUGCUUGUGCUACAUCUAAUUACUGUUUUUAUGCUGCUGCCAAUCACAUCCGGCGAGGUGAGGCUGAUUUGAUGAUUGCUGGUGGAACUGAAGCUGCUAUUGUACCAAUUGGGCUGGGGGGAUUUGUUGCGUGUAGAGCAUUAUCUCAGAGAAACGGUGAUCCUAAAACUGCUUCUAGGCCAUGGGACAAAGAUAGAGACGGUUUUGUUAUGGGCGAAGGAGCUGGAGUUUUGGUAAUGGAGAGUUUGGAGCACGCGAUGAAACGAGGUGCACCCAUAAUUGCCGAGUACCUGGGAGGUGCAGUUAAUUGUGAUGCCUAUCACAUGACUGAUCCAAGAUCUGAUGGGCUUGGUGUUUCGUCAUGCAUUCAAAACUGCCUUCAGAAUGCUGGAGUGUCGCCAGAGGAGGUUAAUUACAUAAAUGCGCAUGCGACUUCCACUAUAGUCGGUGACCUUGCUGAGGUAAAUGCUGUUAAGAAAGUAUUCAAGAACACUUCAGGGAUGAAAAUGAAUGCAACCAAGUCUAUGAUUGGCCACUGCUUGGGGGCUGCUGGGGGUUUGGAGGCCAUCGCUGUAAUUAAAGCCAUUACUACAGGGUGGUUGCAUCCCUCAAUUAAUCAAUUUAACUCUGAACCUUCAGUGGAGUUUGACACUGUUCCAAAUCAGAAACAACAACAUGAAGUAAAUGUUGGUAUCUCAAAUUCGUUCGGAUUUGGGGGACACAACUCGGUUGUGGCAUUUUCUGCAUUCAAGCCAUAAAUUAGUACAUCUUUCAUUGUAUGUAGCAUCUAGCCAUAGCAAUUGGUUCUAAGAGCAUCUCCAAGAGUCUCCUAAAUAUAAUAUAAAAAAUAUGGCUCUUAGUAAUAUAAUGUAAUUUUAAGAGUGACAACUCCAACAAUGCUCUCUAUAUCCUCUCACUAUUGUAUAUUUUAUUCAUAUCUAAAUCCACUAUGUCAAAGAUUCAAAGUCAUGUAGUGGAGGGAUUGAAUAUUUUAUUAUUAAAAACAAGUUAAGAGCCACUACAUGGCUCUUAAAAGAGAGGAGAGAGAAGAGGCUUUUAAGCUUUUCAAGAGCCAGUAAGAGUCUCUUGGAGCUCAAUUUUUAUCCAUCCUCUUUAUAUCUUGAGUUAAGAGUCUAUUUAAGAGCCUGUUGGAGAUGCUCCCCUUUAGUUUUAUCAUUUCUUGUUGAGGCUGCAGAAGUAGGUAUCCUAUUGUAUCUUUUCUCUGAGUCAAGUGUUGUCGUUUUCUCUGUAUUAAAACGAGGCAGACUGGGCAUGAAAAGUUAUCCAGUUUUGAAUUGUCAUGGGGGUGUUGGCCCAUGGGUCACUUUUUAGCAGCAAAA